UGGACGUUGGGAAUUUGGCGGGAUAUUCGGGGCGCCGGCGAGGAGAGCGCUUCUCAUCCAGUAAAUAAGCGGCAACGGAGGGAACGGCAGCAGCGUUAAAAUCUGAGGGGAACGAUGGCGAAUGAAGCGGAAUCGGGCGGAAAGCGCCAGUGCGGCUAUGGUCUGGGCAGUGAGCGGCUCACUGCAGAGGAGAUGGAUGAACGGCGGCGACAAAACAUUGCCUAUGAAUACCUCUGUCACUUGGAGGAGGCCAAACGGUGGAUGGAGGCCUGCCUGGGUGAGGAGCUUCCGCCAACUACCGACCUGGAGGAGAGCUUGAGGAACGGCGUCAUUCUGGCUAAGCUGGGCCACCGUUUUGCGCCUACUGUUGUCCCACAGCGGAAAAUCUACGAUCGAGAACAACUGAGGUACAAGGCAACUGGGCUGCACUUCAGACACACGGACAAUAUCAACCACUGGCUGAAUGCGAUGGCCAAGAUUGCCCUUCCAUCGAUCUUUUAUCCAGAAACCACGGACAUCUAUGACAAGAAGAACAUUCCCCGCGUCGUUUAUUGCAUUCAUGCUUUCAGCCUUUACUUGUUCAAACUGGGUCUAGCUCCACAGAUACAGGACUUGUACGGAAAGGUGAAUUUUACAGAGGAGGAGAUCAAUAACAUGAAAACCGAGUUGGACAAAUAUGGAAUACAGAUGCCCUCGUUUAGUAAGAUUGGUGGAAUCUUGGCCAAUGAACUUUCCGUUGAUGAAGCAGCAGUGCACGCAGCUGUGAUCGCUAUUAACGAGGCUAUCGAUCGAGGGCUCAUGGAGCAAACCCUGCUGGCCCUGCACAAUCCAAAUGCCAUGCUGGUGAAUGUCGUUGACAGUCUUGCCCCAGUUUACCAGGAAAUGCUCUACCAAGCUAAGAGCGAGAAGGCAGCCAAUGCCAGAAACCGAAUCGAUUAUAAACCGGAGCUGUCCGAAGGGAAGGAUGUGUACGAGGAACUCUUGACUCAAGCUGAAAUUCAAGGCAACGUUAACAAGGUUAAUGUGCAAGCUGCCCUGGAGUACGUGGAUGAGGCACUGGAGAGAAGAGAUGCACAGGCUCUGUACUUGGCUCUGCAGAGUCCGGCUUUGAGUCUACACGAGGUUAACCGGGAAAACACGGAGUGGUACAUGGAUCAGCUCAUCGUCGAUCGCGAGCAGAAAGCACUGGAGCUGGGGAUGAUGGACCCGCUGGAGAAGGAAGAACUCCAGGCUGCUGUUCAUGCAGCCAAUGAAAACGCCAGUGUCCACCUGUGCAUGAUGCAGUCCGUGGCAAGGAUCAACGCAGCUGUGCGCAAGGGGAUCCCCGGUGAGACGGUGAAGGAACUGAUGGACUCCAGUGCCAAGCUGCCAGACGUCUACCAAUUUGCAGCGGAACUGUACCAGAGGGAGCUAUCCGCUCUGCAGCGGCAGAAACCACAGAGUGAGCUGACUCAGGAGGAGUUGUACGUUGCUGUGGAGAUGCUCUCGGCAGUGGCAUUGAUAAAUCAAGCCCUGGAAGCAGGAGAUAUCGGGGCCUUCUGGAGCAGCCUGCUCAGCCCAGUGACGGGCCUGACCGAUGUCAAGAAUGAGAGCGUACAGCGGUACUUUGAUGCACUGCGGAGACUGAGGCAGCAGAACUGUCGGAAUGGGGAGACCAUGCUGACCUGGAACAGUCUGCAAAUGUGUGUGCAUGAAGUGAACUCUGCUGUGCAAGAGGAACACAACCAAGUCGCUGCCAUUGGUUUAAUAAACGAAGCACUGGACCGGAACGAUCCCGAGAGGACCAUUGCUGCUCUCCUCAUGCCUUCCACCGGGCUGACCCACCUGGACUUCCCAGCAGCCAGGCGUUACCACGAUGUACUCGCGGCAGCAAAACGCCACAAGGCAAAGGUCAUGCAGGACGCAGCAGCCGUGCUCUGGUUGGAGGAAAUUCAGGACGGGAUUCACAAGGCCAAUCGAGACGGUCAGACAGCCAUGAAAAUGUCCCUGGGGAUAGCAGCCAUCAACCAGGCUGUCAAGGAGGCCAAUGCAUCUCAGACUCUGAGGGUCCUGCGCUCGCCAGAUGUGGCUCUCUGCAGUGUGAUUCCGGAGUGUGCCUCCGCCUACCAGUCUGAGCUGGCCACGUUGGUGCAAGUUAAAGUGGAGACGGGAGACAACCGAAGCCCUUGGGUGAAACACGUGCUGAAGGACGGGUCGAUGUACUAUUUCAACCUGCAGAGACUAGAGGGGAGCUGGGAGCGGCCCAAGGGAUUUGUGCAGAGCUCUUUACAGCUCAGCAGGGAUGAGAUUCAGUCCACAGUUGCUGCAGUGACUGCUGUUUACAAUCGAGAUCGACUCUGGCAGGCAAAUGAAGGCAUGAUCACCAGGCUUCAGGCCCACAUGAAGGGUUACCUCGUCCGAAAGGAUCUGUGUGCUCGCAAACACUUCCUCCAGAGGCAACUGCCUGCUAUUGUAAAGAUCCAGUCUCACUGGAGAGGUUACAGACAAAGGAGAGAUUACCAGAAGAGACUUUAUCACCUUCAAGACAACACGGAUGCUGUAAUUAAGAUCCAGUCAUGGGUGAGAAUGUGGCAGGCCCGGAGGAGGUACAAGGCAAGGCUGCAAUACUUCAAGAACAACAUUGCUUCAGUAGUUAAGAUCCAGGCAUUUGUCAGAGCAAAUAAGGCCAGAGGAGACUACAAGAUGCUGGUCCACGCCAGAAACCCUCCGCUGAGCAUAGUGCGGAAGUUUGCUCAUCUCUUGGACCAAAAUGACCACGACUUCCGUGAAGAGUGGGAACUGAUGCAACUGCGCGAGGAAGUGGUGCAGCGUAUCCGUUCCAGUCGCCAUCUGGAGCAAGACCUCAAUGUCAUGGACAUCAAGAUUGGACUGCUGGUGAAGAACAGGAUCACCUUGCAGGAAGUUGUUUCCCACUGCAAGAAACUGACCAAGAAGAACAAGGAGCAGCUGUCGGACCUGAUGGUGAUUGACAAGCAGAAGGGGUUAAAGGCCCUCAGCAGAGAAAAGCGGGAGAAACUGGAGGCCUACCAACAUCUCUUCUACCUCCUGCAGACGAAACCAGUCUACCUGGCCAAGCUGAUCUUCCAGAUGCCUCAGAACAGAUCGACCAAGUUCAUGGAGUCUGUGAUCUUCUCGCUCUACAACUAUGCAUCCAAUGAGAGGGAGGGCUACCUGCUCCUGCGUCUGUUCACCACGGCUCUUCGAGAGGAGAUUAGGUCCAAGGUUGACAAGGUCCGAGAGAUUGUCACUGGAAACCCCACAGUGACCAAGCUGGUGGUGAGCUUUUACCGGAACAUCCGUGGGCAGAACGCCCUGCGGGAGAUCCUGGGGCCGGUCAUCAAAGAGAUUCUGCAGGAUAAAACCCUGAGCAUCAAAACCGACCCUGUCGAUAUAUACAAGAGCUGGGUAAACCAGAUGGAGAGUCAGAGUGGGCAGAGAAGUAAAUUGCCGUAUGAGGUGACGGCGGACCAAGCCCUGACCCACCAGGAAGUCCAGCGAAGACUUGACAUAUCCAUCCGCAAUCUGCGGGCUGCCACCGACAAAUUCCUCAAUGCCAUCAUUUCCUCUGUGGACAAGAUACCGUAUGGAAUGAGAUACACCGCAAAAGUGUUGAAGAGCUCACUGAGGGAGAAGUUCCCAGAUGCCACGGAAGACGAAUUGCUCAAGGUGGUUGGGAACCUGCUGUACUAUCGCUACAUGAACCCUGCCAUCGUGGCACCAGAUGGGUUUGAUAUCAUCGACGUCACAGUGGGAGGUGGGCUCCACACAGACCACCGUCGUAACCUGGGAUCCAUCGCAAAGCUGCUCCAGCUCGCCGCCUCCAGUAAGAUGUUGGAGGGAGAGAACGCUCAGCUCCGCACCAUGAAUGACUACUUGUUCCAGUCCCAGCAGAGAUUCAGGGAAUUUUUCCGUGCAGCCUGCAGUGUCCCAGAACCCGAGGAGAGGUUUAAUGUGGAUGAGUAUUCAGAAAUGGUCAGCCUCAACAAGCCAGUCAUCUACAUAACUGUUGGGGAGCUGAUCAACACUCACAAGCUCCUGCUCCAACACCAGGACUCCCUCUCAGUGGAGCACAGCGACCCACUUCACGAACUGCUGGAGGACCUAGGAGACGUACCCACUGUCGAAUCACUCAUAGGUGAAGGAGCUGUGAAUGCAAAUGAUCUGCAUGAAGACCAUUUGGCCCAACUCUACAAAAUGGAGGUCUCACUGACUCUCACCAAUAAAUUUGAUAUCUGUAAAAGUGGCAAAGAGACAAAUGAUACCAAAGGUUUGUUGCUCAGCACAAAGCAGCUGAUUGUGGAUGUGAUCAGGUCCCAAGUUGGAGACUCAUUGACUGAAAUAUUGCGAACAUCUGCCUCAACGGAUCAGGUGGCAGACCAUUACCGCAUCGUUCAGAAGCGAGCGAUGCGUGACGCCCGCACCCCGGAGAAGAUGAAGCGAAACCCGUCCUUGCUCCUGGACAACAAGCUCCCGAUAGAGGAAAAAAAGAGGAAGAUCAUCCGAAGUCUGAGGAAGCUGGAAGCUAUCGGUGUGGUGUCCACUGCCAAUGACUACCAGCAGCUGAUCAAUGAGAUAGCCAAGGACAUCCAGAAUCACCGGCGCUACCGGCAGCAGCGCAAGGCAGAGCUGAGCAAGUUGAAGCAGACGCUGCACAGGAUGGACUCCAAGACAGCAUUCUUCGAGGAGCAGAUUGACUACUACAACCAGUACAUCAAGACCUGCCUUGACAACCUGACAGCUAAGGGAACGGGCCCUGGGAAGAAGCCUGCAGAGGCCAAGGGAAAGAAGAGUAAAGCCCUGUCUCUGAACUACACUGCUGCGCGACUGCAAGAGAAAGGGGUGCUGCUGGAGAUCGAGGACCUGCCCACCAGCCAGUUCAGGAAUGUGAUCUUUGACAUUGUGCAGAGUGAGGAGGUGGGAACCUUCGAGGUGAAGGCUCGAUUCAUGGGUGUGGACAUGGAAAGGUUCCAGCUGAAGUACCAGGACCUCCUCCAGCUGCAGUACGAGGGAGUGGCCGUGAUGAAGAUGUUCGACAAGGCCAAGGUCAAUGUAAAUCUGCUGAUCUUCCUGCUCAACAAGAAGUUCUUCAAGAAAUGAGCCGCUGUCUCAUCCUAUUGCUUCUGCCACCCGACGUAACCACUGCUUCUGCUGCGCAGAUGCAACUAGUACUAGAACGUAGCACGGUAGAUCACCUGCGGCACACAAGUGUGCCGACGCACUUAUAUAUUUAAUAUAUUAUUGCUUCAAAUCAACCUCGGACUCCACUAGCCGGGAGAAAGGAAUCGAGAAUCAUGGCCUCUGAGGUGUAAUCGGGCUUUUUACAAAAGGUUUAUUGCAGAAUCUGGAAUCCGGCAUCCUAUCCUCAAGUAGAGGACCAGAACAUCUGGGACCAGGUCCCUGAACAGCGUCACUGGUGGCUCUGGUGGUAACGGAUCCACUUUCUCCCAUCUCGGACCUCCAGGGUUGUCCUCCAAACUUCCCCCGUGUAAUAAUGGGGAGCUGCAGCCAUUUCCUUGGCUCCUGCUCAUCCCUCUCCAUGGAAGGCAAACUGCAGUAGCCCUCCCUUCCAAACCCAUCAGCUGCCUGUCAGGUGGGGCGGGUUGGCUGUGGACCCAUCAGGAGGUAGAGGUCAGCUGCAACCCUAUUCUCCCAACCAGUGGGGGGGAAAGCAGGUUCUGUUUUAUCCCAGUCCUAAAUUCAGUGCAUCCAAACAACAUCCGUGUCUAGCUCCACGACCUGUCGAUUGGAUUGGAAAGUUACCUGCUGUCUCGGAGCUCCACAGUAAAUGCCUCAGUGACGAGUUUCAGACACCCUUGUGUGAGCACCACAGUGUGCUUGCUUGGCAGACCCUAACAGAGUCUUGGUGUUCCUUGGUUUUGAACCAGGGCCAGUUGUAUUUACCUCAUGAUUUUAUACCUGAGGAUGGAGUUGCCUCCACCCUGGCAGGCUCUGUGUUUAGGAAACGUCCUUCAUGAGAACUUCUGUGCCGUAGAGACAAACUUCUGUGCAGGGUGUGAUGUUGACUGCAUCCUUGGCAUGUUAGGUUGGAGGUCUCCUGCAACCCCUGGCCUAUUGCAGAACAGAGCUACUGUAUUCUCAGUUACUAGAGCCAUUGAAACACACCCCAUGCAUUGGAAAUCUGUUGAAUACAUUGUGAUCGUCGUGGUAGGACUGGGACCCUCUGGGUUUCUGUAUGUGUUCCACUAUGGGAAGGAACAGCAGGUGAAAGCCCACUCUUCUGAGUAGUGACAGCAGAGGCGGCAAUAGUUCAGUGAAAUGGUGGCAUUGAGGGAUCAGUUGAACGGCAGGCAGAGAGUGGCCAUGGGUGCCUGCUCUUCCCAUCCAAGGUGUAUCUGCUCUCAGUGGCAUGAGCUGAAGGAGGCUUCCAGCAUUUUAAACCAAGAGCCGUGGUCACUCCUCGGAUCUGAUCAAGUCAGCCGGCAUACUUUGGGUGGAGGGUGUCCCAGAUGGAGCAAGGCCCAAGCUCAUUCCCAGGCAGGAUAGUGGAGUGAAUAAUCAGUAUGGUUCGUUAACCCCCAGCUUCCAGAGUGCUUCAGGGUGGGGCACUUUGGUCCGGUUGUCUGAUGGCCCAGCCCAUGUUCUGACAGUGUGUUUGUCACUUUCUCCCGGUUUGGCUACUGAUUCCCUGUUCAUACACUGAGGUCAGACUGGUAGCUACUGUCAGCUCAGGCUGUCAACCAACCAGAGCUUGUGACCUGCAGUCUCACCCAGGCACUUGCUAACAGGUGGAGGGUGUGACAUUGAGCCAGGCUUUCUACCUGCAUCAAUCCCCCAUCACCCUGACCUGAGCAGUGACUCCCGCUACUUAUCUACUCUAAUGGUAUUUUUUUUAUCCAAUUGCUAUAAAUUGAUCGACUGGUAACUGAUGAAAGAAAUCUAAUUCAAGGCUGACUAUUUACUCAACAACCUCAAUUCAUGAUAUCUAUUUUAUCAAAGUGCUGGGAUUUUAAUUGUAACAAUUGUACAAAAAAAAAAUUUAACUUUUUAAAAAAUGUUCUCUGAGCACUGGUGCUCGGGGUGUGCCCUCUGAGCGCCAGUGCGCACGGAGAGCGCCCAGUGAGCUUGCAGCUGGAGUCAGCAGCUUGAUCAAACCAUAGACUCUAAAGGUCUGUGGCUGUAUUGGAAAAUGAGCGGCAUUCUGCUGGAGCUGCCCUCAACCAGCAUCACUGAAAACAAGUUCACCAGCCGUGCAUAGGGGCAGUCUGGUAACAGUACCUGCUCUCCCAAAGUAAUCGCCUGUGUGAAGAGAUUAUGCCUCCUCAAGCCUGCCUUACCAUUCACUAUAUCUGCCCAAGCCUCAACUCUUUUUUUUGUGCCAGUUCCCCAUGGCCCUCAAUGAUUAUUCAAACAUUUAUCUACUUUCUCUUUAAAUACCCCCGAUCUAGUCUCUACUCCUCCCACCAUCCACCCCCCCCACCCCCCCCCCCCCCGGGUAAAGACUUUUGCCACUACAGUGGAUCUGGUCACAGCUGAGCAGUGUGGGUGGGACUUUGUGCUAUAGCGAUGCUGAUUCAGAGAUUAAAAACUGCACUGAGCACCAGAAAGAACUCUUGCAUGGGAUCCUUUAUAUUCCACUGAAGACAGGCACUGGGGCCUCUGUUGCAUUGUGUCCUGCUGACCGUACAGUGCUUCCCUGGGAGAAUCACCCUGGAUAAUGAGCACAAACCCUUCACCACCUGAUUCCGGAGGGUGUCACCUACUGAGGCACUGCUGGUACCUCAGUGGGCAAGUGUCGAUCUGUCCUAUUUGGUUUAAGCAUAUUGCACAGUUUGCGUGGCAGUGCUGCCGUUGCAAAGCUCCAGCGAUUCUCAUUCUGUGGAGUUGGCACAUUCUCCAUGAUUGCGUGGGUUUCCCCUGGGCAUUCCUAUUUCUUCCCACUUCCCAAAGGCUUGCCUCUGUACAUUAUCCCGUGUAGGGGUGGGCAGAAUUGUAGUGGGAGCGGGGAUUGAUGGGCGUAUGAGAGAGUAGGGUACAACAAAGUGGGGGAAUUGGAUUGCUAGGAAUAGUCAAAGAGUAGGCAUAAACCCAAGGGGCUGAAUGGCCUCCAUCAUUAAAUACAAAGGCAGGGUGGUGGGGUAUUUUUCACUAAACAACAAGUAGCUGGAGGAAUUCAACAGGUCAGGGAGCAUCUGCAGAGAGAAAUCGAUAGUCAACGUUUUGCGUCGAGACCCUUCAUCUGGACCAAAAGAGUGGAGGGGAGAUGGCCAGUGUCAAGAGGGGAGGGGUGGGCCAAGAGCUGGCAAGUGAUAGGUGGAUCCAGGUGAUUGGCAGAUGCGGGAGUGAAGGUUGGAGAUGGUGACCAAGUCUGGGAGGGCGUAGGUGCUGGACUCCGAUCGGAAAGCAAAGGUGGAGCGUGGAAGUGGGCUGGGCAGGUAGGGAGGGUUCCCAGUGGGCGUUCGCAGUCCCUGCUACUCUAAACUGAGCUGACCAGGGCAGCCGCAGAGCUGAUGAAACGCAGCACCGAGCUGGGACCUCGAAGCCAGAGUGGUGGAUGAAAGGAAAUAAAAUAUCGGAGAACCAAAGCUUGUGGUCUGGAUGCACUUUUAACAGUUUGGUUCUGGAGCACCACCCACGGGGCCAGAGUCUGUCUCUUUAGACAGUUUGGAUUUAGUGACUGACCUGAAACGUCCUCGUCUCUCUCUCUCCCUGUGUUUUACCCUUCAGCUUGCGUUGUUAGUGAAGGCGGAGACCUUGGGGCUCAGUGGAUUGCCCCUUCUCUCCUCCCUCUGCCGCCCUCCAAAUGCAACAGUUGGCAAGACAGAGUGGACGUGGUGGCAUCCAGUCAGGGUAACCAGUGGAUCAGAGUGGAUUAUUAGACAGCUGCAGACCCCCUAGCUCAAUGGACCCAGACGCAGCCGGAGAAGGACAAUCUGUCUGACCAGCGGAUCUGUCUCUGGUGCGAGUUAGCAGUGCAGGAGGGAACGAGCCAGGGGUACGUGCUCUAGAUGGUUGGGCCGAGCCCAAAAGAGGGGCCUUUGUGAUUGGCAGUGAUGCUCCCUGGGGUCAAAUCUGCUGAGGGUCACUAUUUAGGUUUGUACACAAGCCUGAAGAAAUAUUUUUUUUAAAAUGGUACAGAAAACAAAACGGUUGAGUGUGACAACUGUGAUUAAGAUGUUUGCUAGAAUCACUACACAUUGUAAAUGCUGCUUGUACAUGUUGCUCUUUCUGUCUUGUUCUUCACCUCUGUCUAUUCCUGGAGCUUGUCGUUUACUCCCUGUGCACAGUAUUUUAAUUUGUACAUUGGAGCUGGAGGCUACGCACUGCUUUGGAGCAUUUAACGUGGCUCCAGAAUGGGUUUCAAUGUACAACCUAUAAUGGGAACCAGAUACUUGAAUAGUGGCAAGCAAGAGGGAUCAGUGUGUUAAUGCAGAGCUCAAGGUGAGUCUGAACCCACCGUACGGCAGUGGGAUGCAAGUCUCUCUCCUGCUGCUCUGGAGAUUCACACUGAGCCGCAAACUGGCAGAUGCAAGCUCGUGGUUUGAAAUUGUCCAUAUGUUGAGAUCAACCUCAAUAUAUUCAGUCUUGCCGUGCGAAGCCAGCAACCAUCAGCUGUGGAAAAUGGAAUAAUUCUCCCUUGACAAUAACUUUGACUGAAAUUGGGAUCAAAGCUCCACGAAUCCAAGCCCUUGUCUUUUGACCUUGAAUAACCUUUCUUUGUGUUCUUUUCUUUUCUCAAAAUAAAUAAAUUAAAAGCAUUAGACACUAAAAACUAAACUUGAAUCGGUGUGUUUGCUGUGCAGACUUAACGGAGGGCAAUCGUCAAUGAAGCUGAGCUG